CUCAAUAUAUACUAGAGAAUGCUUCUGCAAUGUCACAACCAUGUCGUAUUGUGUGCACCCAACCAAGAAGAAUUUCUGCAAUAUCUGUUGCUGAAAGAGUUGCAGUAGAACGAGGAGAGAAAAUUGCUCAGACAGUGGGCUAUCAAAUUAGACUGGAAAGCAGAGUGUCUCCAAAGACAGUACUUACUUACUGUACCAGUGGGGUCUUGUUGAGAACCCUGAUGCAAGCUGAUGAUUCUCUGUCCUAUGUUACUCAUGUCAUUGUAGAUGAAAUUCAUGAGAGGRAUAGAUUUGCAGACUUUCUUCUGAUCACAUUGCGUGAAAUUCUAGCUGUCAACAAGAAAAUCAAACUCAUUCUGAUGAGUGCUGCUUUGGAUGUCAACUUGUUCAUUGAAUACUUUGGCAAUUGUCCAGUAGUUCAUGUUCCUGGUAGAUGUUUUGAAGUGAAGGAAAUAUUCCUUGAAGACAUUCUUGGCUUAACGGGGUACCAGAACAAAGGAAUGAAAAAGCAUUUCAAAGGAGACGAUAAAGUUCGUGUUCUGUUGGACAAAAGUGCAAAGCAUAUUGAAAGACUAAGAAUUGCAUCAUCAAAGACUGAAGAGGAAAAGGAAAAUGAUGAGAAAACUAAAUUAGAUGAAACAGAGAGGGAGGCUGCAUCCACUUUUCCUACACAGGACAAUGAUCAAGUUGACAUUGAAGACGUUCUCCCAGAAGAUGUUGGCAUUCUACUCCCAGAGGAUGAUGACAUCAUURAUGAUGGUGAUGAGGACAUUAACACUGACAACGCAACUGAUGAUGUCACUGAUGAUAUCACUGAUGAUACCACUGAUGACAACAGUAAUGAUGUCAAUGGCGACGAUGACAUUUCCAAUAGUGGUUAUGAUGGAAAUGAUGAGGGUGAUGAUAUCAUCAUUGAUGAUGAUGACGAUGAUGAUGGUGAUGAUGAGUCUGAGGGCAAGAAUCUUGCAAAGGAAACUGAGGCUGUCAACAUUGRCCCAAAGYCUGAAGAUUCUACAAAUCAAACUGAGGAUGACGAAGAUGAAGAAGAUUCAUACCUUAGAAAAGAGAUGGAUGAAAGCAUCUCAGAUGCAUGGCUCAAUGGGAGUGAAGAUUCYUUUGUACAGAUUCUUCAUUUGAUUAUGAAUGAAAACAUUAGUGUGGACUACCAACAUUCAGAAACACAGGUGACAGCACUWAUGGUKGCUGCUGGUCGUGGCUGCACAGGAGUUGUGGAACAGCUUAUUCUACUGGGAGCAAAUCCAAAUGUCAAAGAUCCAAAAAAUAACUGGACAGCACUGGAUUGGGCCAAAAAGUGGGAGCAAUCAGAAGUCAUUGAAAUGCUUGAAGCCUAUAUUGCAUCACCUCAGACAUACUGUGAAGAUAUCUCACUAGAGAAACAAUCAACAGAGUUAAGUGAUGAAGCAAAGGAACUACUUGAAGUUUAUCACAAGACAUUCGAUGAUGACAGAGUUGAUCUGGAGCUAAUUCUGAGCCUUUUGAAUUAUAUUUGUUCCCUUGGAAAACAAGGCGCUGUAUUARUAUUUCUACCAGGAUAUGAUGAAAUAAUAACUUUAAGAGAUAAACUUAUUGCUAACAAUUCAWGUUUUUGUAAUUGUUUCAUCAGAUWUCAGUUGYUCACUCUUCAUUCAUGUAUGCAGCCAGCUGAGCAAAGGAAGGUGUUUAGAAAGUUACCAUCCAAUAUCCGUAAAAUUAUAUUGUCAACAAACAUAGCUGAAACUAGUGUCACUAUAGAUGACGUAGUGUUUGUUAUUGACUCUGGCAAAGUUAAAGAGAAAUCAUUUGAUGCCCUAACAUCAGUAUCUACAUUGCAUCCUGUUUGGAUAUCAAAAGCCAGUGCAAUACAGAGAAAGGGAAGGGCUGGUCGUUGUUCCCCCGGUGUAUGUUUUCAUAUGUUCAGUCAUGUACGYUAUGAAAGCUUCCAGGAAUAUCAAGUACCUGAAAUGCUACGCACUCCCCUACAGGAACUUUGUYUACAUACCAAGCUACUGUCAGGUCCAAACACUUCUAUAGCUGAAUUCCUGGCCAAAGCACCAGAACCACCAGCCUAUUUGAUACUGCGCAAUGCUGUCACUUUUCUAAAGACUAUAGACGCUCUUGACAACUGGGAAGAUUUGACUGACUUAGGUCAUCAUCUAGCAGAUUUACCAGUGGAACCUCGGCUUGGUAAAAUGAUUCUAUACUCAGUGAUACUGAARUGCAUUGAUCCUGUUAUUACUAUCGCUUGUGCAUUGGCAUAUAGAGAUCCUUUCAUUCUUCCAAUGUAUGCCGGAGAGAAGCGUUUAGCAGCUUUAGCCAAGAAGAGGUUUAUAAUUGACUCCUUUAGCGACCAUCUUCUGUUUGUAAAAGCUUUCAGGGGCUGGCAGCGAGCUAAAGCUGAAGGUUACGAUAAAAGUUAUUGUCAGAGAAACUACUUGUCACCAGCWACACUAGAAAUGAUGUCAGGAAUGAGGUCUCAAAUGAUUGGUCAUCUCAAGUCUUGUGGUUUUAUAAGACCGCGUGGAGCUGGUGAUAUGAGAGACCUGAACACCAAUUCYAACAACUGGGCUGUUGUCAAGKCUGCCCUGUGUGCUGGGAUGUAUCCUAAUAUAGUACGGAUUGAUCGAGAGAAUCAUAAAUUAACUACACCGAAAGAGUCYAAGGUUAGGCUGCACACAUCUUCAAUCAUAUACCAGCAGCCAGAAAAACAAGAGAGCAUGGUUAAUGCGCAGGUGAAAGCAGUCAAGAAGAUCCCUUCUGAUUGGUUGAUCUACGAGGAAAUGACAAGAAUGUACACCUCAGUUUCCAUCAAGUGCUGUACAGCGGUCUCGCCAAUAACCAUCAGCUUGUUCACUGGACCAAGUCUAUCCUCGCCAAAUCUGGAGUCUGGUUCCAAGUCACGUGAUCAGGACAGACGGAACAGUGAGGGGCGUGUCAAUAGUGAAAGUAGUGAUAGUGAAAAUGAAGAGAGUAAACCCGGUGAGUCACGUGACAACCAUGUCGAAAUGAAGGUCGAUGAUUGGAUAUCGCUGUCGGGAAAUGACGAGACUAUUCAUUUAACUACUUAUCUGAGACACAAGCUUCAAGCGUUGUUUAUCAGACGGAUACGAUCUCCUUCUCGUCCAUGGUCACAAGUAGACGAAGCCAUUGUUAGGGCAACUGUAGCAGUGCUAUCAGCUGAAGAGGAAGUCAUCAACCCGAACUUAUACCCCAAACAGAGAAAACCUAGACAAGAUUACAGCAGCGAGUCAAGACCCCGAGAUGACAGGCCGCGGGAUCGUUUCUCUUCCCCGAGGGAUCGUCUUCGGGAUUCACCCGCCCCAAGUUGGAGAACGAGACAAACAAACUCACCAAUCCCACAGGCAUCUCAAAGGAGGACUAUUGAAUCGACGUCACAGCCUCGAUCUCAGGCUCAGCUUUCUGAUAGUGAAGCUCGUUACUUCAUUAUCAAGUGUAACAAUCAACGAAACCUCAGCAUAUCGAUGGCAAAGGGUAUCUGGGCCACGACGAUUGCAAAUGAGAAAAAACUGAACCGCGCAUUUAGAGAAUGUAAAAAGAUUGUGCUUAUUUUCUCUGUGCAAGGAAGUGGUCAUUUUCAAGGUUUUGCGCACAUGGCUUCUCCCAUUGGAAAAGACAAGUCACCCGAGUUUGGUUCCAGUUCCCUAGGCGGAGUAUUCAAGGUCGAUUGGAUAAAAAAAGCGAAUAUUCCAUUCCAAGAAGCGCAUCAUUUAGUGAAUCCAUGGAACGACCACAAGAAAGUUCAGAUCAGUCGAGAUGGCCAGGAACUAGAGCCCACCGUUGGCGCAGACCUGUGUAAAUUAUGGGAUGCACCAGUUGCUACACCUUCGCAAUACUCAAGACCMCCCUUAGGAAGCAAUAGGCGUGGCCAACGUCAAAUCGCCACCCAACAGGACCCAAACCAAUGGCAACAGUCUCCAUCACCGUCGCCCUUGACUACAAACCCCCASGUGUACCCCCCACAUGYUGCCUCUUUGCCUAUACCAGUCCCAGUCCCAGCACAACAUUCCCACGGUACAGUAAUGCACAGGUUUCCCCAWCAGGUCAUGGCAGGARUUCAACAGCCUCCCAUUGGGUACACCGCCCACCCAGUCCCCUCUAUGCAUACUACGAAUUUGGGGGCAGUAAGGUAUCCUGGGAAUGUUGCRGGAUUGCAGUUCCAACAACCGCCGACACCAACGGGGACAGCAAUACUACGACCUAACUCUUAUCCUUCGUAGAGGUUUAUUGUGAGAGAUAUCCUGUUGGGAUUUAUAGUUAUCAUUUUAGUGAACAUGGUUCUUGAUAUAUUCGUUAUGAUGGUUAUGGAUUAUCAUUAUUAUCAUCAUCAUUUUCAUCAUUGCCAAUUACUUUUGUCAUCAUUUUAGACCGUUAACGGUAUGACAUCAAAGUCGAUCCAUAUGGGGACGAUAAAGAAGUCCCUCCAGACGGACUCGUUACUUCCAUCAUCAUCAUAUUGUUUUAUAGUAAAUAUGUUCUGCCGUAAUAUMAUAAUUCUAGCAAAAUUCAAAAUGGCGACCAUAUUGAUCGGCAUUGUCAUCAUUAUCAUUACCACUGUCAUCACCGUCUGCUUGAUAAAGUUCUCAAUCAUUUUUCCAGAUAAAGUCCUCAAGAUGUAAUAAUGAUUAUAGCGUAUUAAAGAAAUUCAUGCAAUAUAAUGAAAUUCAUUAUUUUUUUCUGUGGACACAGAAUUUURCCAUGCUCAUGCAAUUGAAAUGGAAUCCGGAAUCCAGGAACGCUCUUAAUCCGAAUUCCUUGUCAUUGUGCGAAAUAUAGUUGUGAUUAUUGUGCUAUAU